CUUGGCACAUAUAUGCUGCAUUCAAGUACCCCUUAGAUCUUCUGUUUACGCCAUGCGGCCGCCAUGCUCGUGAUAGUCUUCGCCCUGUCGCUGCUGUGCCUGUUCGCACCAUGGGCUGAAGGCCAGUACACCGAGCUGCUCCAACUGCACCCGCUCCCACAAUCCCAGCUCCUGGCUGCCUUCAACUUCAAGGCCAACACCAGCCUGUCCGACUUCGAUGCUCAAAACUACCGUCUGUUCCCGCGCUCUCUCGGUCAGAUUCUACAACACACACAUGCUCGAGAACUGCAUCUUCGCUUUAGUCUUGGUCGGUGGGACUCUGAGAAUUGGGGCCAAAGACCGCGAAAUGGCCGCCGUGAAGGAGGCACAGGUGUCGAGCUGUGGGCCUGGGUCGAGGCAGACUCACAUGAGCAGGCCAACGCUCGCUGGUUGACUCUGAGCAAUGCUCUAUCUGGUCUUUUCUGUGCUUCCAUCAACUUCAUCGACUCGACCAAGACAAUCCGUCCAGCAAUGACUUUCGACUCAGAGGGCUCUCACAAGAACGUGUCUGGACUACACCUGCUGCAUGGUGCUCUACCUCAUGAAGUUGUCUGUACCGAGAAUCUGACUCCUUUUCUGAAACUUCUACCUUGCAAGGGAAAGGCUGGCAUCUCUACUCUCUUGGACGGACACAAACUAUUUGAUGCCUCCUGGCAGACAAUGGCCAUCGAUGUACGCCCGGUGUGCCCGCAUGAUGGAAGCGAAUGCUUGUUGGAGAUCGAGCAAACGGUGGACAUGGUUCUCGACCUUGAUCGCUCUAUGCGACCUCCGAACGAUCCUAUCCCAAGGCCUCCACCAGUCGAAGAAAUCGCCUGUGACACUGAUAAAUGGUACAACAGCCACGAUAGCUGUUACCCGAAAGAACCCUCUACCGAGCGUGCCUGGACUCUAAGUAAAGUCUUUGGUCGUCCUAUCCGCGGCUCUUGCCAUGUCAACCAUGGUGCCUCGCCCCAGUCUGUCGUUCUACACACUGCCGCUGGUCAAGAUAUUCAGGUUACUGCAGAGGAAGCCUACAAUGAGCACAAGUCCGAGGAUGGCCUUGUACAAUAUGUUCUGCCACAAUCCGGCGAUUUUGAUAUUGCUCUGGGUGAACAACCAUUGAUUUCGCCAUCGACCCUGGAACAACCACGCCUUCAUGCCGAGCGCACCAUGGUUGGUUAUGGCCAAGAACGAGGUGGCAUGCGCGUUAUCCUUACAAAUCCCUCGACUAAAAAUGCUGUCGAUCUUGUGUACCUCGAGUCAUUGCCGUGGUUCAUGAAGCCAUAUCUUCACACUUUACACGCUUCGAUCAACUCCGCACCUUCACCAUCUUCUAUCAAGCAGAUUUUCUACAGACCUGCCAUCGAUCGCGCCAGGGGUACUCAUCUUGAGCUGCGCCUUCAUGUUCCUGCUGGCGCCUCCCUGGUACUGACCUAUGACUUUGAGAAGGCCAUCUUGCGAUACACCGAAUACCCUCCCGACGCGAAUCGUGGUUUCGAUGUCGCGCCCUCGAUCGUCAAGCUGUUGUCUAACUCGACUAGUGGAUCGGAGGAUGCGGCUGUCUAUCUACGUACCACUUCCAUGCUCCUGCCUCUUCCAACUCCUGACUUCAGCAUGCCUUACAACGUCAUCAUCUUGACCAGCACUGUCAUGGCCAUGGCAUUCGGAAGUGUCUUCAAUCUGCUGGUCCGUCGUUUUGUUGCUGCGGAUGAAGUGGAACCUGCUGGUAUUGUUGCACUAAAGGCAAAGGUUCAGGCUGUCCUUUUGAAUUUCAAGCAAAAGUUGCAAAAGAACAAGGAGGUCAAGGCUGCCGAUCAACAAGGCGAGACCAAAAAAGUUAGGUAGUUGGUUACUUCUCUCGGCCACAGUCCAAGUAUAUGAGGAAAUGAAUGCUUUCUGAUCACUGAG